AUGCCCGGGGACCACCGCCGCAUCCGCGGGCCCGAGGAAUCGCAGCCGCCGCAGCUGUACGCGGCCGAGGAGGACGAGGCGCCCGAGCCCCGCGACCCCUCGCGGCUGCGGCCCGUGUACGCGCGCGCCGGGCUGCUGAGCCAGGCCAAGGGCUCGGCCUACCUGGAGGCGGGCGGCACCAAGGUGCUGUGCGCCGUGUCCGGGCCGCGCCAGGUGGAGGGAGGAGAACGUGGCGGCGGCGCCGCGGCGGGCGAGGCCCCGGCCGCGCUGCGGGGGCGCCUGGUCUGCGACUUCCGCCGCGCGCCCUUCGCGGGCCGCCGGCGCCGCGCGCCGCAGGGCGGCGGGGAGGAGCGCGAGCUGGCGCUGGCCCUGCAGGAGGCGCUGGAGCCCGCCGUGCGCCUGGGCCGCUACCCGCGCGCGCAGCUCGAGGUGUCGGCGCUGCUGCUGGAGGACGGCGGCUCGGCGCUGGCCGCCGCGCUCACGGCCGCCGCGCUCGCCCUGGCGGACGCGGGCAUCGAGAUGUACGACCUGGUGGUGGGCUGCGGCCUGAGCCGCGCGCCGGGGCCCGCGCCCGCCUGGCUGCUGGACCCCACGCGGCCGGAGGAGGAGCGCGCCGCCGCCGGCCUCACCGUGGCGCUCAUGCCCGUGCUCAACCAGGUGGCCGGGCUGCUGGGCAGCGGGGAGGGCGGCCCGACCGAGAGCUGGGUCGAAGCCGUGCGCAUGGGCCUCGAGGGCUGCCAGCGCCUCUACCCGGUGCUGCAGCAGUGCCUGGUGAAGGCUGCCCGCCGGAGGGGCGCCGCCGCCCCGUCCUGA